AUGGUAGAACAUAAGCAGUUAUACAACAAUGGUAUCGCAAUUUAUCCGGAAAUCGACAUUGCGGAUGACCUUGAGACAAGCGAUGUCAAUAAGGCAUUGUCCGCAAACCAGGGAGUUAUACUCAACAACAAAUUUGGUGAGGUCCAUGCAGACAUCGAGCAGAUCUCCGGAAAGGUAGAUCAACUUUCAGAAAAAGUUACGCAACUCGAUGGUGAUGUGGAACAGGUUGAAGCCAACCUUGAGACUGAAAUUGAAACAAGAACCAGUCAAUUCAACACAUUACAGGACAAUAUCGCCGAUAUUGAAAAAGACGUCGGCGAAUUGAAAGAAACCGUCUCCAUGUUAAGUUCCGAAACCGCAAGUAUUUUCAGAAAACUGACGGAACUCGAAAACAAGGAAAACAAGGUGGACAUCUAUCCGCAGACGGACAUAACCGCCGUUAUUGGUCUCAAUGAGGCAUUAGGUACAAAAGUCGAGAACGCCGAGUUCACUGGGGAAAUCGGACGCAUUGAGGGAGAGAUCGCGCUUAAAGCAAAUCAAACCGAUGUUGAGUCUGUGAAAGCAAAAGUUGAUGAACAUGGCAACACUCUGAAUGAGAUCAACGACAAAAUCAACAAUCAGAUCCAAAGCGAGAUUAAUUCGUUGAAUAUAAAUAAGCCGAAUUACACCGAAACGGUCGCAGAAAAAGAUAUUGAUGUAGCCGUUGUGGGUAAGACCGUUUUUGUGACUUUUGACCGCUAUAUAGAAGGCUCCACAAGUAAUUAUCAUGUCCUGACAAAUAACGUCCCAACGCCGAAAAAGAAGCCGUGUAUGGUUAGCAUAAUGACUUCAUUCAACAGUAAAACAUAUGCCGUGAGUAUCGACGAUAAAGGGGUACUAAUCGCCACAUUGGUUAUCCAAGAAAAAGGGGCAGAUAUUUACCCACAAACCUCAAUGGAGGCAGUAAAGGGGUUGGAUGCGGAAUUAAAUCUGAAAGAAGAUAAGAGCAAUAAAGUCCCGUCCUUCCAACCCGAACCCGAUGAUGAUCACUAUCCAAGCGAGAAACUCGUCGCAACCGAACUUAAUAAGAAAAGC